UGUGACGUAAUAAGACAAUCCAAAUCUUACUCUCAGGAACGCAAACGCUGUUUUUUUUUUACCAUUAAAUCUCGUCAAAGUAAUCCUGUGACUGGUUUUGCAGGUCUGUAACUGAACAUGUCACUGAAACACACAGCCAAGCCUUCGCGGGGCAACAAGAAGAGCGAACUGGAACGAAAGAGGGACGAGAGGUCAGCGCGCAGGGCCCUCGCCAAGGCCCGUAAGAAUCAUCCUCAGGAUGGCGAGGAAGACGCGGAGUUCCUCAGUUUCUCCACUCAGCUGCAGGCAAUGGGGCUGAAGCUGAGAGAAGUCCCCGGUGAUGGGAACUGCUUGUUCAGAGCUCUCGGAGACCAGUUAGAGGGUCACUCCCGAUCUCACCUGGAGCUACGUCAGGAGACCGUCCAGUAUAUGAUGUCCCACCGACAAGACUUCGAACCCUUUGUAGAGGACGAUAUUCCCUUCACGGAGCACUUAUCCAACCUGGCACAGCCUGGAACAUUUGCAGGCAAUGACGCUAUCGUGGCUUUUGCUCGCAGUCAGCAGGUGAAAGUGGUCAUCCAUCAGCUGAACACACCACUUUGGGAGAUAAACGGGACUGAGAAGCUGAUGUGCAGAGAACUACACAUUGCGUACCGCUACGGGGAUCAUUACGACAGCGUGAGGCGCGUCGGCGACAACUCCGAGAGCCGUGGUCAGCUACGCAUUCAGGGUCGCAGGCAUGCCGGAGCCUGUCCCAGCUAUCAUCGGGCAGGAGGCGGGGUACACCCUGAACCGGUCGCCAGCCAAUCGCAGGGCACAUCCAAACAAACAACCAUUCGCACUCACAUUCACACCUAUGGGCAAUUUAAAGUCUUCAAUCAACCUAGCAUGCAUGUUUUUGGGAUGUGGGAGGAAAGCGGAGUGCCCGCAGAAAACCCACGCAGGCACAGGGAAAACAUGCAAACUCCACACAGGCGGAGCCAGGAUUUGAACCCCGGGCCUCAGAACUGGGAGGCAGACGCUCUAACCAGUCUUCCACCGUGCCGCGGUAAUAGAACACUACUCUCAAAAAGGACAUGGGGCUCUGGGGUGAAAUUUCGAGGAAUCUCAAAUGCAGAGUCAAUCAUCUUUACAGGUGAACUUAAAUUGACCUCUGAACUGUUUAAUUUGAUUGUACUUUUUUUGCACAACUUGCUGUGCUCUUAAUGACUUGAAUGGCAAAAUUCAUAAAAAGAUGUUGUUUUCAUCAAAUUCUAUGCCUUUGCAUUUUGCAUGGAAAUGAAUGUUUUAAUUAUUGGACCAUGAUUGCUGUGUUGAACAACUUUGUCCAGUAAGACGUUAAGAGGGUGUCUGGUGGGAUACGCUACGGUCGACUAUGACCACAUUGCCAUUGGCUGUGGAGGAAAAACAUUUGUCUUUUAUCUCAACCAGGGGUCGGGAACCCUUUUCCUAUCAGGGCGAUACUAAAUUUCUGAAAAGAAAUUGACAGUGAUCAAAAUUGUUUUUACCCCGGUUACUUUUUAUGGAAGGUUCUGAGGCUGUAUUUGUAUUUUUUUAUUAUUAAUUUCAUUGUCAAGUGUAAUGGAAGGAAGACUAGAAACAACCUAAUUAGACACUGUUGACUCUUGAGCGGAACCAUGAGUUUCAGGUGUUCGGACUGGGAGGUGACGUUAAACCUUGUCACCCAACUCAGCUAACCAGCACAGAACAGUCUGGUUAUGUUCAAAUAUAGCUAGCCAAAAUGGAAAUGUCAGAAAAAUGAAAUAUAAAACGUCCAGUAAAUUGGUAUUCUAUACCAGGGGUCACCAACAUUCUAAAAAUUGCUCACCAGUGGUGGGACAUUAUGAUUUGCUAGGAAUGCUGUAGAAGUGACUGUUUGAAAAUGUAAAUACUUUAAUUUCUGGAAAUCUCAAGGUCGCAUAUGGGUAUUUGUUUACUACCUUGCAGUAUCAUUGAUAAUUAUUGUUAAGAAGUCUUUAACAUGAUCAGUACAAGUACUGAUCAUGUUAAAGUGUCCAAACUUUUGACUAGUUGUGUACAUGAAUAUCAUUAAUUAGUAAUGACUUAUUGCAAAUUUGUCAAUUAAGUUUGUAUCAAACUGGUAGCCCUUAAUAACCAGUAUCCGAUAUGUAGCGCUCACUUUCCAAAAAGUUGG